AUGGGGAGUUUGACUAAUAAUCCCUAUUCAGCUUAGAGAUUCCUUUCAACAGCUGCAUCCUCUAGAAGAGCCUAAUAGAAUAGCAACUAAUUGAAUGGUCUUAGUGUAGUCAGUUAGAUUGAAUCUCAUAGGAGAAGGAGCACCAAGCAGUCAGAAUAAUUUGAUCGAAUUCAUCAUAGAUCAAUUGAAGUAGUUGAAAUUCAACCCUAGCAGGCAGACAUAACUUAGAGAAUGAUAAUGACAUAACAGCUGAAAUUCAGAACUAGAGGAGAAAGGAAAUAGACUUAGAAGAAUUCUAUCUUCAAUGGCAAAUUUACUUUACUUGACAAUAGCGAGACUAGAAUGCUUCCAAGUAUUUCUCAAUUCAUUCAGAAGAAAAUACUUCCCAAGCAAUCUAACCUUCUCAAAGAGUUUAUUAGCCUUUCUAGCAGAAAUAACUCCAUCCCAAAUGAUUAUCUUAUUCAACUACACACUGAGAUCUAGAAGAGUAAUAUAUUGAAUUAAACAGCAGUUGGACCUGCUACAACAUUAAGACGUCCUAAAAAGAAUAAAAGUUCAAGAAUAAAUAAGACAAUUAUAUAAGAAGAUAAUUAUGUGGAACAGCAAAAGAAAACUCUAAUGACAAUUAAAUCAAAUAACUGUAGUACUUUAAAACAUUAAACCAAAGAUUAAAGUGUGGGAUUGGGAGGGACAUCUGGCAACAACACAGAUGUAAACUAAACUCAGAUAAGCUGUAAGAACUCUAAUGAGGAUUUUAUGGGCUCCAAAUAUGACCAGAACAUUCAUGAAAAGCUUGCUUUACUCAACAUCCAGGAUUCAAGAGAGCUAAGAAACCAAUUGGUCUAUGAAUAACUUGCACAAGGAAGAUUUUUCUAAAAAAAGUAUCAUAAGUCCUUCUCGAUUCAGCAUAAUUAAGAUAAAAUAAACUAUAACAAUGUGAAUCCAAGAAUUCAAACUAGUAAUUAGACUGCAAGACUUAGAAUUAAAUCAAACUAUAUACAAGAUCAAAUGAACUAGGAUCUUAACAUAUUUGAUUAAAGAUUUCCUUUGUCCUCUUAAUAGAGAUUUAGAAUCAGAAAUAAUCCAGUAUUAUUUCAUUAGAGUAAGGAAUUUCAGUUGAAAUCAGAAGAAAAAGCCAAGGAUUAGAAUACUUAGCAAGAAGAAAUAAACGAAUAGCUUAUACCUUUGGAAGAGAUUCAUUAAAAAAGUCUGCUUUCAACAUUACGGGACUCACCAGACAACUCUCCUACAGUCUAAGAGAAAAAUAUCAUGAGCUAUAAAGAACUUGACAUCACUCUCUAUGAUUGCAAUCAAAUUUCCAAUCCAAAUCUAGAAAAUAGUAUGAAUAAGCAGACUAGCUCUACAAAAGGAUUCGUUCCUCAUCUUUAAAUGAAGAAAAAAGUCUUAUCAAAGCUUAAUUCUUCAUAUAAAAAUGAGCCUUACACUACAAAGAGCAACAAAGGGAUUAAUGUAUUAAACAGCCUUAGAAAUUCAAUAGAUCAAAAAUCUAAUUAACAGAAGUUUAAAGAUGAAAGAUAUUCUUCAGCUAUGGAAGGAUAGUCUCAAAUAAGACUAUCCUAGGAAGGCUAGAUAAAGCCAUCCAUUUAGAUUAAAGCAAGUAUGAAAAGAAAGGGAUCUGAUUUUGAUUGCUUCCUUAAAAAAACAGAAUUCAAUUCGAUAGUAAUAAAUAAUUUCUAAAUGCCAUGUGAUUCUCUAAUAAAAAAAGUAAACACACCAAAUAGGAUUAAAAUGAAAACACGAGAGCAUAAAAAGAUACCCUAUCCAAUGCUUAAAUUAAAUUGCUACAAAAGAAAUUUAUAUAGGUAAAAUACUGGUGUCACUGGUGUAGAAAGAGCCAAUAAAACCCAGGGUACCUUUGGUAAUCCAUUAAGUAAUCUUAAUUUAACUUUAGCUAUUUGA